CUUCCCUCUUGGAAGGCCUAGAGCCUGAGCCAUGAAGCCCAGCCCCUGUCAGGGGAACCAGGCCUCCGUUUACGACACCUGCGUGUACCGCGGCGGCGAGGAUCGCGCUGCUUUACGACAGCCCGAGCAAGGGCGGCCAAAUCUUCGGGAGAGUGGCGGCGGCGGCGGCUGCCUCCUCCUUUUCCCGGCUUGCUCCAAAGGUGUGGACGGCCCGGGCUUGCCUGGACGCGGCCCCACCUCGGGUGGGGACUGUUGGCCUCCCCGGAGCUGCCUUCACCUAGCCAGGCCUGAACCCCUUUCCCAUUCUUCCGGACCCUCCGCCAGGCAGCCCGAAGCAGCUCUCUGUGGACAUGGGAAGAUGCCCCUGCAUGUGAAAUGGCCUUUCCCCUCCGUGCCGCCUCUGUCUUGGACUCUGGCCAGCAGCAUGGUCAUGGGGCUCGUGGGCACCUACAGCUGCUUCUGGACCAAGUACAUGAACCACCUGAGGGUGUACAACAAGGAGGUGCUGUAUGAGCUGAUUGAGAACCGUGAUCCCGGCACCCCACUGAUCACCGUCUCCAAUCACCAGUCCUGCAUGGAUGACCCACACCUCUGGGGGAUCCUGAAACUUCGCCACAUCUGGAAUCUGAGGCUGAUGAGAUGGACCCCAGCAGCUGCAGACAUCUGUUUCACCAAGGAGCUGCAUUCUCAUUUCUUCAGCUUGGGAAAAUGUGUCCCAGUGUGCCGAGGAGACGGUGUCUACCAGAAAGGGAUGGACUUUAUCCUGGAGAAACUCAACAAUGGGGACUGGGUCCAUAUCUUCCCUGAAGGAAAAGUGAACAUGAGCCAGGAAUUCCUUCGUUUUAAGUGGGGAAUUGGGCGCCUGAUUGCCGAGUGUCACCUCAACCCCAUUAUCCUUCCGCUCUGGCAUAUUGGAAUGAAUGAUGUGCUUCCCAACUCUCCACCUUAUUUCCCCAGAAUUGGACAGAAAAUCACCGUGCUCAUUGGAAAGCCAUUCAGCACCCUGCCUGUUCUCGACCGGCUCCGAGCUGAGAAUAAGUCAGCAAUGGAGAUGCGCAAAGCCUUGACAGACUUCAUCCAGGAUGAGUUUCAGAGCCUGAAGGCACAGGCCGAAUCACUCCAUAACUGCUUACAGCCCCUCAGGUAGCCUUGAGCUGCUCCCUGGGGGGGGGUGGAGGGGAUCUCUGCCCUGCCCAAGGCUCUUCCCCUCCACUCCUUUCUGCCAAGAUGGCCAACUCUCUGUCUUCCUUCUGCGCUCUUCCAGGGGACCCUCAAAGGCUGAGGGCACUCCCUUCCUUGCCCUGGUCCCUCUGUAUGUCCUGGUGGCAACUCAGGGCAUCUAGCACUCUGGGGGAAGAGGUGAACCGUGUGCAUGGGCAGCCAGGAAUGGGCUGCUUGCUUCCCUGACACCAGCACGUUUGCAGUGGGGGGUGGGGGGGGAUGCUCUGAUUUUAUGCUAUGCCUAAAAGGCCUCUGCCCUUUGUUUUUCUAGCUAGACCAGCAGUUCCACUUAGCCUAUGUCCAAAACUUGUCUGUGGUCUCUGGUACCAAUCGAUGUGGCUGGGAAGGAGGAGCCGGGCACUUGUAAGGCCCCUGGUGCCAGGGAGCGGCCCAGACGGGGUAGCCUAGGGCACAGAAGUGGCAUUCAGCCACCCACAGGGGUGCAUUAGAGUCGCCUCAGAAUUCCCAUUUUUAACUGGAACCUUCCCAGGAAAGGUCAAGCAUGGGGACCAGCCCCUUUAGAGGCCUUGGAGCCCGGAACUAGACUGUUUCCUUUCCCCUUUUUUAUCUGAUAGUGAGUAGUGGCAGCCUGGAGCACUGGAGCCUAAGAAGGACUUAGAUGUUCGAUUUGUGAGGAUCCCAAGUAGUGGGCAAGACUGCCCUUUGGGAUUGUGAUCUGGCUUGGUGAGAAUGCUUUCUUCACCAUAUAAUCAUGGAACAAUCUUGAAAUAGGGACAUAUUGAUUCUCGUGUGUGAGGGAGAGGCAGGCUGGUCCUAGAUGCUCCCACAAAACUGUCCCUCAUGACCAGGGUUCCCUUGGGGUGGGGGCAGGGAGCCAGUGUCUGAGCUUAAGGCCCCCAAACAACCUACCUACCGAGGAGGAAUGUUGGGCAGAGCAGGGGCCAGGAACAGAGAUGGGGGUUCAUUUGGUCCCAGAGGCUCUUGGUUUAAGUGUAAGCUGCCCUCCCCUCCCCUGGGCUACAAUGGCCUCGCUCUUUCUCUUUUAUGCCUGUAGAGUUUUUAAUCAUUUUUAACAAUAAAGUUUGUGUCGGUGCCAUG